AGGUCACUCAUGUACGCAUGCUUAGAUCAAGACUAACCCGAGAAUCAACGACUAUUGGAUCCGAAAAACCUUAUACUUCAUCAAAAACCAGUUCAUCAUGGCUACCAAAAGAACGGCAGAAUUGAGACGCCUGCUUGCCCGUCCUUACCCAUGGGUCAAGAAGUCUUUCAUUGUCGGGGCGCCGAUGCGCAUCAUGGCCGGCCCAAGCUUGGCCGUUGCCGUGUCUGCUGCUGGUGGCUUGGGGUUUAUGGGGCCGCAAGCCAAGCCAGACGGAGUAUUUGCUGACCUUGACAAGGCGAGGGAACUGGUUGCAGCCUCUAGCUUGCGCCACCCCUUGCUCCCCAUUGGUGUGGGCUUUCAAGUAUGGAAUGGCGAUCUGAAGGUUGCGACCUCUGCCAUUGAGAAGCACAAGCCAUGCGCUGUUUGGCUAUUUGCGCCAAGAAAUGGCCAGAAAGAGCUGGACGAGUGGACAGUUUCUCUUCGCUCAGCCUCUCGUGAUACCCAGGUGUGGAUUCAGGUCGGCACGCUGAGUGAUGCGAUUGCCGCUGUAAACAGCCUAACCCCUCCAGAUGUUCUGGUUGUUCAAGGCUCUGAGGCUGGCGGACACGGCAUGGCAAAGGAGAGCACAGGGACCAUUGUUCUGUUUCCUGAAGUGGCAGAUGCCGUGAAGGAGUCCGGAAUACCUGUCGUCGCAGCGGGAGGAAUCAUUGAUGGCCAUGGAGUGGCAGCCGCCUUGUCACUAGGAGCUGCUGGUGUCGCCAUGGGGACUCGAUUCCUUGCUGCCUCAGAGGCACGCAUCGCAAAGGGUUACCAGGAUGAAGUGGUCCGAGCAUCUGAUGGUGCGAAAAGCACGCUGCGGACUCAGUUGUACAACCAUUUGCGUGGCACAUUUGGCUGGCCCGAGCAGUUUUCACCUCGAACUCUCAUCAACCGUAGCUGGAUUGAUCACGAGGCUGGCGUUCCGUUCGAAAAACUCCAGGUGCUACACGAUGAGGCGGCUAAGAGUGGCGAUGCUGGCUGGGGUCCAGAGGGGAGACUUGCAACGUAUGUUGGCGCAGGUGUAGGGCUAGUGCGGAGUGUGCAAGACGCAGGAGUAAUUGUAGAGAAUGUGAGAAACGAGGCAAGGGAUAUUCUCAAGGCAUUGAGUGAUGAUAUCUAAGAGCAUUGGCAUGGGCAUGUACAGCAAUCCUGGGAAGCCGACUAUUCAUGAAUCAACAUAUUGAGUUGGGCCUAACCGUUCGAAGAAUAAACAGAGUAGCAUAUUGAUACUCCUCAAUGCUACACUGAUGAUUUAUGAGCUUGGGGAAGUAAUAUUUGAUACCACCAGUUUCAACUUGUUAUAUCUGUACUGGGAGGGAAACUGACUUCAAUAGCUGGCGAGCUUAUGACCAUGAUUAUCGAUAGACGAUUGCAUGAUUCAUAUAUCUGCCUUUGAUUCAGUUGUGGGGCUGAAAUUUUACAAGGUCUCGCGCUU